UUUGAGGAUGGCAUGUUGAAGAUCUCUCUAAUAUUGUAUAAUAGAAUUAAGAAAGAAUGUGCUUUGCUAUUCAUGGGUAGUUAUCGCCGAAAUCCUUCUUCACUAUAAGAUGCUAAGGCAAUAUUGUGUAUAAACUGUGCAUUUCUUUUUUGUGGACUCUUAUCUGCCGAGUUAUACCUCUCGAACAUGAAUAUGAAGAAAUCAAGCAGUAACAUAUAGAACCCUAUACUGAUGAUACAAUACUCUUACAGCAACUUGGGUACUCUUUGUUAAAUCUUUAUUAAUGGACCAGGACCAGUCAAUUCUGACCAUUGCAUCGACAAAAAGGCUGACCACACUGAUCAUACACCACAAUGGCCCACUGGCGAAUCAUUCCUCUCACACGAUUGAUUAUUGAUUUUGCCACUGUACUAUACUUUUUGAAUGACAAAAGAUAUUGACAUGUGCACCUUGUUUUUAUUUUGACCUUUCCAAUAGUCAAUGUUAGAGGCAACAGAAGCACAUUUCUGAUCAGUCACACCAUUUUGUCAAAUUUAUGGAUAUACCAUCAUGCCUAAUACAUAAUCUCCAUAUUUUGGAAGUCUACUGUUUAAGAUCCAUAUACAAGGUCUUGAACUUUGUAUGCUAGUCUUCUAUUUUCUGGUUGCUAAUUGUUAAUAUCAAAUACUAUCUAGAAGGUGCCAGCCUUGUAGAUCAAUAGUUAUAAUUUCUUGUCAGUACUUCUUACACUUUUACCUUUAAAGCUUGUAACAGUUAGUGUUUUCACUGUUCUGCUAAAAUUCUUUCCGACUCUUUUGCUAAUUAAGAAGGAUCAAGAACACAGCGCCUGCCCAAAGAGCAUCUGGUUAGUGAGAUAAUCAAAGAAGUUUAUGCUGUUUACUGUUUGCAUGGAAUGUAUGACAUGCCUUAUUUCGGGAUAUAUUCAUGUCCAUGUCAAUGUCCAUAGCGGAUAUUCAACUGGUCAACAAUUCAGUUUUUGAAUUUGUUUUUAAUUUUUGUUAUUCUUCAGACUUCUCACUCGCUUCAUAGUUAACAAUACAAAAACACACCAGAAGUCAGCCUAGCUGUAAUUUUCCUUUCCAAGUUGUGUUCUAAAUAUGUGCUAAAAUUAAGGAAAUAAAUAAAAUACACAUGACAAAACCAGAUUGACACAUUUUCUCUGAUAACAGGGUAUGUGAGAUAUGCAUUAUAUUAUUUAAGGAACAUGACAAUCAAUCUUGAUAUUAGCUGUGUAGUUUUAUAGAAACUUCUGUGACUAAGCAUGGAUAUAGGCCUCCCAGGAGUUUAUGAAUAUGCAAAACUAAUUAAAUCAGGAAAAAAAAAAUCGUCACCCUAAUAUUUUUUCAAAAUUAUGGUUUACAUCCUCCCUUAUCAUUAAUUGCAUCUUACACCACAUGUUUUCCUAUACAGCUACGUUUUCACAUCUUGUGGUUGAUAUAUGCUAAUCAAAAGGGAAUAUUACCUGGAUAUUCUCUUAAGUGUUUGAAUAUUUCUGUUGAAAGUGUAUUGACAAAAUCUCAAAAUAGCCUCCUUUUUGCACAAUAUUACAUUUUUUCAGCCUCAUUGCCUCACUUUUUUUCCUUCCAACUUUCACCUUCGGUUUCCUUUUUUCUUAAUUAAUAUAACCUAUACUCUUUCUCCUCUUUUACGUUAGUAAAUCAUAUUCAGUAGUAAGUUGCACCCUCCUAUUAACAGUCAGUCAUGGAUGAAUGUAGCAAGCAGUUUUUAUUUGGUAAAUAACUAAUUACAGGGAUUUUUUUUUGAUAUUUUCCAUUUUGAGGGUAUUUUUGUUCACUGACAACUCAUGUUAUAUUACCUUAGGGGUUGUAAAAGCUUCUGGAUUCUAAUAGGAAGGUGCAACAAAACCAUACAAGAGUUGCAUUGUAUGGGGGGUGAUUAUCCAUGAGGGUGUACACAAUUAUUUCGUUGAACAUUAGGGUUCAAAAUGUAAAUUAUCUAUUAAUUUUACACAAUUUUCUGACCAUGAAUUGUAGCCAGCAUCAUGGGGAUGUGACGUUAAAGUUAUGGCAACUACUCAAGGAAUUGCUCAAAUAAAAAAAACUGUAGAAGUGCCUGAGUAUUUUGCUUGGAUAAUUUUUUUAAACAGUGGAUUACCCCCUCUGUUAUCCUCGGAAAAGAAAAGCUGCUACUGAUAGAGGGUAUAAUUGUGGAGAACCUGUAUUGGCUGUGAAUUCUCCACUGAUUUCUGAACCAGCACCAGUGAGUGGACUUAUCUCAACUUCGGAAUCAAAAUUAGGUGGUAUUGCACUGGUCACUUCACAUGUAAGUCAAGCAGUCAUAGGAUCCACCUCAUCAAAAGAAACUAGCAAUGACAUGGAAGAGCAGGCUGCUACAAAGGCACAGGCAGCCUUCCGUGGUUAUCUGGCACGCAGGGCCUUUCGUGCAUUAAAAGGUAUUAUCAGGUUGCAGGCUCUAAUUCGUGGGCAUCUGGUUAGAAGACAAGCUGUUGCAACUCUCCAUGCUAUGGAGGGAAUUGUCAAGUUACAAGCAGUAGCUCGCGGAAGAAGAGUUAGAUGUACCUUUACUGGACUUAAAAUUACUACAGAGUUCAGUCAUGCGAAGACUGUGGAUGCUUGCUCAGCUUCUUCUUAUGUUCCUAUGACCCAGGAAGCUUGGAAAGUGAAAUUUUCAUCAAAUGCAUUUGUAUCGAAGCUUCUUGCGUCAUCACUCCUUGCAAAGUCUCUGCAAAUUCAGUAUGAUAAAGGAGAUCCCAAUUCAGUCUUCAGCUGGUUAGACAGAUGGACAUCCACCAGUUUCUGGCAGCCAAUUUCCAAGUCAAAAAAGGUUAUUGAUUCAAAAGGACAGACAAAUCGGGACAACUGUAAUAUGGGCACUGAAUCUGGCAAAUCAAGGCGCAGUGUACGAACCAAUCCUGCAUCGAACGUAGGAGGUGGUCAAACAAAUGCCAAGCAUGAGCCUGAAAGAACGAAAAGGAACCUGAAAAAGGUGCCUAAUCCUCCUGCUGAAACAGUACAGCGACAUCCACAGUAUGAGGUUGAUAGGGUAAAACGCAACUUGAGAAAGAUGAAAGAUGCAUCUGAGCAACCAGAGGUUGAAACUCAGAAAUCAAAUACACGUUUGAAAAAGGUGGAUAUCAGCUCAUCUGACACCCUAGACCAAGGAAUUGAGGAGUCCAUCGAAAAACCAGAGGAAAAUAUUAAUCCAACACCCAAUGUAAAAGCUGAUACUGAAGCUGCUUUAGUGCCUGUUACAGCUGGACCGGUUGAUGUGCUGAUUGAUGAUAACGAAGACAGCACCCUAGUGGUGAACGGGGAUCUAAGCUUGAUGGAAGAACAGUUCUGCCAUGAAAACCAGAAAACCAGCAAAAGGAGGUCUUCCUUCUCGGCAAAAUCAGAUGCUCCUGUGCUUCCCAGCUAUAUGUCAACAACAGAAUCUGCCAAGGCAAAAUUGCGGGGACAGGUAUCGCCCACUAUUGUAUCGGAGUCAGAUGACAAAAAUGGUUUUAUCCGUCGUCAUUCAUUGCCAUCAGAGAUGAGUUCGUCUAGGACAAAGCGAUUAAUCCAAGCUGGUGGCAAGGGGGAAAUCGGCAGAGAUGUAAAUGACAGGGCAAUUAAGGUAGGAUGGAGGCGAUGAUAUUUGUGUGGCGCAGUGCAGCACGUCUUUUAAUUUUAAAUUAAUCGUCACGUGUUAUAUAAACCGCUGUAAACGAUCGGUGUGUGCGGCAUUUGGCCCAUAGGAUGCAUGUAUCGCUUUAGUCGUAAACAUUUGCUUUCUCCUUUG